GGGACCGGGGCGAUGUCGGAGCUGGAGCGGCUGCGGCUGAGCGAGAUCCCCGCGGGCCGGGAGCGGCUGCGGGAGCAGCACGGGAACCUGCUCAGGGUGGCCGAGUACUGCCACAGCAACUACCUGCAGGCCGGCGACAAGCGGCGGGCGCUGCAGGAGACGAUGGCGCUGAGCACGCAGUCCCUGGCCAGCGUCACCUACCAGGUCGGCAGCCUGGCCCGCGCCUUCCUGCGCCUCAUGGACCUGCAGGCGGCCCAGCUGCGCCAGCUGGAGGCCGAUGUCGCCUGCGUGGCACAGAGCGUGGACAUCCACAAGGAGAAGGUGUCGCGGCGCGAGAUCGGCGCCCUGACCGUCGCCAGGAGGUGCCUGAGCUUCCAGAAGGUUCUGCCCCCGCCGGAGCCCCCCGUGCCGGAGCCCUACUACCGGAGACCCCUCAACUUCAGCGCGCUGGACGGCGUGGGCCACGGGGUCAAGGACACCAGCACGCAGCUGUCCCGCACCGGCACCCUGGCUCGCAAAAGCACCAAAUCCUCCUCGGCCCAGGCUGCGGGGACACUGGGGAGGAGCAGCCGUGUCCCCGAGCCGGUGCAGCCGCCCGUGGUUCCCGCGGGGAAGCUCCCGAGCGGCUCCUGCGGCUCCUCCCCGCUGCCCCCCAGCUCCAGCGGGACUCCGGCAGCUCCUGGGGACGGAAUUCCUGCCCCGCCACCACUGCCGGGGCCACCCCCGAUGGCACCAUCCCCACCAGGGCAACCCCCGCCCCCGCCUGGCGCUGCCAUCCCCCCUCCGCCGCCCCUCCCUGGGCACCUGCUGCCCCCUCCCCCAGGUGAGUGCCCGGUGCCCGACCCCUUCUGGGCUCUCGCAGCCCCCGACGACCUCGAGCUGCCACCGCCGCCCCCGGCCGAGCCUGACCCUGGGGACCCGGCCCUGCCGCCGCCACCGGACCCAGAGGAGCCCCCGUGGGCCCCGCAGAGCCGCCUGUAGGAAGAGGUGUCCCCGCUCCCCGACCCGCGGCAGGAGGACACCGAGGACACCGAGCUGGGAACGCGGCAGGGAGGGAGCUGAUCCUGGGGGCAGCCCUGGAUCCCCGGGCUGCAUCCCAGCCCUGGAUCCCAGCCCU